AUGUCGGAGGAAAAGGACGCCGUCGACUACUCUCUCAACAACCCCGAUACUCAAACCAAGUACAAGACCGCCGGCCAGAUCUCCGAGAAGGUCCUGGCUGCCGUGGCCGAGCUAUGCGUGCCCGGGGAGAAGAUUGUCGCCAUCUGCCAGAAGGGCGACAAGCUGAUCGAGGAGGAGAUUGCCAAGGUCUACCGAGGCAAAAAGGUCAACAAAGGCUUCUCUCAUCCCACCACUGUCUCGCCUGCCUCCUAUGUCACGCCCUACACCCCACUGAUCACUGAUGAGAGCGAGGCCGCGCUCGAGAUCCAGCCGGGUGAGCCCAUCAAGAUCCAGCUGGGAGCCCAGAUCGACGGCUUCGGCGCCAUCGUCUGCGAUACUGUCCUGGCCACCCCCAAGGACAAGGCCGGCGAGGUCGUAACGGGCCGCCCUGCCGAUCUGAUGCUGGCUACCCACUACGCCAACGAGCUGCUCCUGCGGCUCAUGAUCCCCCCUGGCUUGCUCGCUCAGGGCACCGACGAGGAAAAGGCAAAGGCCGCUGCCCAAAAGGCUCCUACCCAGGCCAAGAUGACGAGCCUGCUGGAGAAGGUCUGCGAGAGCUUCGAAUGCCACCUUGUCGAGAGUACCACGUCAUGGCUGUUUGACCGCAACGAAAUCGAGGGUCCCAAGAAGAUUGUCAUUGCCCCUGCCGAGGGCACCAAGGGCGACGGCGUCCCCGAGACGGCCGAGGUGUGGGGUGUCGAAAUGGGCGUCAGCCUGGGAUCCGGAAAGGUCAAGACGCUUGACCAGCGUGCCACUCUUCAUCGCCGCACCACGCAGACCUACGGCCUGAAGCGCCCCACCUCGCGCAAGAUCCUCUCCGAGGUCCAGAAGAAGUUUGGCACCUUCCCUUUCAGCCUGAGACAGCUCGAGGACGAGCGCGAUGCCAAGUCGGGUGUGGUCGAGUGCGUGCGAGGCAACGUCUUCCGCCAGUAUGAGCUGGUCGGUGACAAGGACAAUGCUCCAGUCGCCAGGCUCUUGACAACCAUUGUUAUCACCAAGAAUGGCAUCACCAAGCUCGGUGGGCCGCCUGCUCCUGAUCUGAGCAAGUUCAAGACGGACAAGAAGAUCACGGACGACGAGGUGCUCAAGAUUCUUGAGCAACCUCUGUCCAGAAACACUGGCAAGAAGAACAAGAGCAAGAAGAAGAAGCCGGCCAAGAAGACGGCGGCAAAGGCCGCAGGCGACUCGAAUGAUGAUUCGGACGAUUCAGACGAGUGA